ACGGCUCGUCAGCAUCGCCAGAAAGCCGUACCCGGCUGCUCUGCGCUGACGCUCCCUCUUCUUAAAGACUAGACGUCUAGUCUCCUCUUUCCUCUCUUCUUUCUCUUUCACUGUCGUUGCCAUCGCAGCCGCCAUGUCUUCCUCCGCAUCUGCUUCGUCUUCCACUACGCUGCCCCGAGAUGCUCCCUUCCUCAUCGUAGGAGGCGGCGUCUACGGUGCCUCAACGGCGCUGGCCCUCACUCGUGCCGGCUACACCAACGUCACUGUUCUCGAGCGCUCUGCUGACGGGCACUGCGCUUCUGAUGCGGCCUCCAAUGACCUCAACAAGGUCGUGCGAGCAGACUACAGCGACCUCAAUUUUCUCUCCCUCGCAAAGGAGGCCAUCAGCCAAUGGCGCCAGGACCCCAUCUUCUCGCCCUACUUCCACGAGAAUGGUUGCCUUUACCACUCUGGCGUGGGAGCCGACGCCAAUUCGCCGCGAUUCCACACUCACGUUGAGCGUGGAGUCCGCCUUGCCUCGCGCAGCGAGGAUGCCAUGCUCGAGCUCGCCCGCAAGGACACGCCCCUUCCCCCAGUCGCAUACCCCAUCAAGGAGGACAAGGAUGUCCUCACCGCUUUCCCUCCCGCUCUCAAGACGAAGCUCGGCCAUGGCCUGACAAAGUUUGGCGUCAGUCAGACGGGCUACUUCAACCCGCGUGGAGGCUGGGCAGAGGCUAACACCGCCACUCGCUCGGCGCUCAACGAGGCGCAGCGUCUAGGCGCCAAGCUGGUAGGCAACGCCCUUGUCACUGAGCUGAUUCUGGACGGCAAGAAGACAAAGGGAGUCAAGACGGCAGACGGCCGCACCUUCAUGGCUGAGAACACAAUCAUUGCUGCCGGCUCGUGGUCGCGCAUCCUCCUCGAGAAGCUUUUGCCCAACUCGUCCGUAUCCGGCAAGCUCGCUCCUGCCUCCCACUCGGCGCAGUGCGUCUUGAUGCUCAAGCUCACUCCCGAAGAGUGCGCCGCCUUCGCCAACGGGCCUAUCAUCACCAAUCUCGGCACGGGAUUCUACGUCUUCCCUCCCAACCCCGACGGCAUCCUCAAAGCCGCCAUCCAUGGUGAUGAUGGCUUUGCCAACCCUGCUCCGAGCUUCGAGCCGCAGUGGUCCGAGAAUGGCCCCUUCCCCUCGUUCAAGGACGGCACCGAGGCCUCGUUCAACGGCGCCCGCCAGCCUACAAAGCACGGCAAGUCCAACUCGGUCACCUACGUGCCAGAGGACAAGGCUGAGCAGAUGAUGGUACAGCUCUUGCGCCUCUACCCCUUCCUGAGCAAUGUCGACCGCUCGAGGAUCUCGUCUCGCAUCUGCUGGUACUCGGACACCCACGACGAGAACUGGAUCAUCGACGAGCACCCUGACGUGGAGAACCUAGUAGUCGCAGGUGGUGACUCGGGACACGGCUUCAAGUUCCUUCCCAACAUUGGCCGACUGAUCGCCUCUCGCGUGCGUGGUGGAGUCGCCUCAAUGGCGCCCCUGACUGAGCACCAGAAGAAGGUCUUCUCAUUCAAGCAUCACAUGGAGCUCGCCGAAAGGGCAGCCAGGGGAGAAAAGAUCCAGACGGCCGAUUCUGCUAGGAGCCAUGGUGGUGACCCGGCGGCUGCGAACCCCAACUGGAGCAAGGGCCCAGCGUUCACUAUCCCUCAGGCGAGGUUGUGAGCGUGUGAGCCGUUUUGGCCGUGUGGACUUUGUCUUCUUCUGUCAUCUGUCUAUAAGCGUGGUUCAGCGUGGGUAUCUGAUUUGGUUUUCAAUGUUAUCACCCAUCAAGCAUGAAAUGAGACGGGCUUGCGUGUGCGAGUCGUCCGCCUUCAAGCAGCAAAGGAACGUUGGGAAAGCGAUGUCGAUCGAAGAACAUCAAGAUGCGGGGGCCAAGCCUGGCCAAUCCGCCCUCCCCAUGUCGAGC